AUGCCUUCAACACUUACAGAUUACGAACGUAUUCGCCAACAAAACAUUGAAGCGAACCGGGUGCUCCUACAACAGCUCGACCUGGACGAAGGUCCUUCGUCACUGGGCUUUGUUCCUAUUGCGAAGCAGGCGUCUAAACCAGCAGCCGCAAAGAAAGCAAAGACAACGGCGAAACCUGUUCAACCACGCAAGCGCAAACGCACUGCAAAAGAUGAUGGUGAAGACAGUGACAACUCUAGUGUAGAAGAAGUGAUAAGACGCUCCACAAGACGCACAAGGCGGAGGACCGUUGACCCAAACGAAACUCCAGAGGAACGAGCAAAGAGAGAACAAGAGGAAGAGGCUCGCGCUUUGGAAGAAGAAAAGGCUCGACUGGCGGAGAUUGAACGAACACGAAAGGCAAACGAACCAAGACAUGAUGACGUCCCACUCUCAAAGCUUCUUGAGGAUGUCGAUGCCGAGAAGCGCAGCAGGAAACGUAGGACGACUCGCGGGGUCCAGAGGGAGCUGGAAGAUCUCACAGAGGGUAACUCGCUUGAAGCUAGCACAACUGCCAGCGAUGCCGGGCCACCUCUUACCGAAGACGCAAUGUCGGUCCAGGGUGACGAUGAAGCAGCCGAGGACGCAAAAGUUUCUCCAGAAGAGCAGAGUUUACUAAAUCUCCUCCGCGACGUCAGCUUGGGAGGACGAGAUGCGAGUGACGGCGCGAAUAAAGCGCAGAUCGAAAAGCAAAAGCUAAAAUCAGAGAUGACGAAGAUGCGGGUAGUUGCACGCGCCAAAGUUACCAAUGACCGAGUAUAUUCUAUGGAGUAUCACCCGGAUAAGCACAAAGACCUGCUCUUUUACGGCGACAAACACGGUCUAUUAGGAAUUUGGGAUCCACUUGCUCCGACUCCCGACGAACUGGAAGAAGAAGACGAGGAGAAAAAGGCUAGCAGUGAUCAAGGUCAAUUCUGGCGUCUUCAAGUUCAUUGGCCUGCAACCUCGAAAAGCUCCAUCAGUUGUGUCAAAUUCAGCUCCAACGAUGCUCACAGCGUUUAUACUUCAUCUUACGACUGCACAAUCAGACGCACCGAUUUUACGAAGGGAAUUUCGACAGAACUCUAUGCAAUUGACGACGUCCUGAUCUCCUCCUUUGACUUCUCGGUGACCUCACCUGGCAUCGCCGGUAACGAGCUAUGGAUAUCUGAUGCCAAAGGCGGCGUUUCACACCUUGAUCUUCGAGCUUCCCGGCAUGAGGCUAGAAGGUACCAGCUCAGCGUCAAGGACAAGAUUGGGUGCGUAAGCCUCAAUCCGGUAGAUGGCUGGUCGCUGUUGGCAUCAAGUAAUGAUAGAACUCUCAAACUAUGGGACACGCGCCAAUUACUCGCAAUGCCCAAACCCAAGGCGACUCGUUCAUCAUCUUUCGAUGUAAACGCCGCAAUUGUCGAGCCCCUUGAGACGGAUUAUGAUGACGUCUCGGAAUGGAUGAAGGAAAGCACCUCGAAGAAGGGCUCAAAGUCGCAGUCUACUGGACAUACAGGGACACUCCGUGGGCAUUGGGCACAUGGAUUCAGCGUCACAAGUGCAUAUUGGGAUCCAUCGGGGACCAAGAUUGUGAGCAUUUCAUAUGACGACAAAUUACGCCUUUGGGAUCUCCCAAGGAAAUAUCUACUUCCUGAUGAGCCGUUGAAAAGCUUUAGGCCGGCCGUCCAGAUUGAGCACGAUUGCCAAACGGGGCGAUGGGUGACACCUCUCAAGGCGAGGUGGAGUCAGAACUCGGAAGCGUAUCCCUAUUUCUCAGUGGGUGACAUGAAGCACUCCCUCAAACUGUUUGCUGCCGAUGGAGAAUUGCUUGCUGCCCUCAAAGACUCGGACAAAAUCACUGCCGUUCAAGCUGUCACAGCAACUCAUCCUGCCUAUAUCAACCGAGCAGCAAGUGGAAAUGCAAGUGGACGAUGCGUAUUGUGGAGCAGCGAAAAGGUCUGA